UCUUCCGAGUAUAAAGCAUCCACAGUGUCGCGGGCAGACUAGCGAGCAAGCAUCUAACGUUCACCGACGUGAGAAUUACGCAAGGAUGGGGACGAUGGAGUGUGGCGACACAGCUACUAGUUUUAACACCACGCCCGAUUCCUGCCAGACCCCAAGAGGACUUCGACCUUUCAUCCAUCGACCUCAGUAUCCGCCUUCCCAUGUCGUCCAUCCUUCUCAUCCCUCUUCGUCAUCAUUAUCAUCAACACCAACAACAACAACCAAGGAUAUUCUACCACUGAACUUCUUCCCGACCGGUAAAGAACAGAGGAGGAAGGACGCAGAUCCACAGUCUACGGUGAGUUCGAGAUGGAGUCCGACUGCAGAGCAGCUGCGUUGGCUGGAGGAUCUUUACAGGAGAGGCAUUCGGACGCCUACAGCUGAACAGAUACAAUACAUCACAGCACAGCUCCGCAGGUUUGGCAAGAUAGAAGGGAAGAAUGUUUUCUAUUGGUUUCAGAAUCACAAAGCCCGGGAGCGGCAAAAGCGUCGGAGGCGAUCGGAAGCAGCGGCGUUGGAACUCGUCCUCGAGAUCGACAACCCUGACAGGAAUCUUGACCCUCCACAUGAGUGGUUGGGCGAGUUAGAAAAGACCAAGAGUUGGGCACCCACUUACAGGACAAAUGAGGUGGAAAGCGUUUACGGCGCCAAGGCAAAAUAUAUGGAGAGAGAGAGCCAAGGGGACAAAUGGAUCGGAUGGGAUGGAGAAUUACACAAACAGCAGCGCCAGCGGCGGCAGCAGCAGCAGCAGGAGCACGAUUCUGCGUGCGGAAGGACGAUAAGCGCAGCAGCAGAGAGGGUGCAGUCCCCCUCAUUAGUGUUGCAGCAGCCGCAGCUUUGCCCUCCAGAUGGUGUUGUCCUUCAGACCGGACCUAGUAGUGCAGCGUCCCUCCGAGCCCGUGCCCAACCAGGCGAGGGGGCAGCAGAGACUAGUGGUCGGAUGGGCACCCGACUUACAGAGACGCUUGAUCUCUUCCCUCUGCACAGCGACUCGGACGCCCCUCUGAAAUGCUCUCGCAAGGAAAGGCAGGAGCAGCGUCGCUUUGAAAGCGACGGCACAUUCACCACCAUGUUCUUGGAAGAGGAGCACGGUGGCCAUGGGCGCCGGUUCUUUCAAUUCCUGCCGCUAAAGAACUAACCGUCAAGCGCCACUUCUCUGUCUCUCAAAAUUACUAAUGCAUUCAUCGAAUAUCAGAAACUGCGCUGUAUUAUUUGACUGUGAUGA